GUCAGUCAGACGUGGUCUGCGCCUCGAACCUCAAAACGAGCAGCCUUUUGACUAGCUUGGGUUAUUUUUGGAUAAUCUCGCUUAUACCGUUGCCACGCUGGUUGUUUAUGGUCGACUACAUGUGGUAUUUACAGAGCGAGAUUCCCAGAGACACCCGAGGAGCUCCUCGAGAUGGCAAAGCAGAUUGCAAACCGCUGUUGUACAGAGGCACGUCGUCCGCAGAUGUUGAUUUUGUGACUCAAAGAUGGUAUUAUCUUCCCCUGCAGGUAGAGGCUGAGGCCGGAGUGUCUGCCAAAUAAAUAUUCCGCAACACCCGGGCAUGUCUCAACUUCCCUGCUCCACUCUAUCAGAGGCUGCUGCGAACUAGCCUGGAGCCAUCCUCCCCAACCCCCACCGCCACCCAACCUCCACCUCAGCACCUCAUCCACCCACCCACAGCACCACCGAAACAAUGUCGUCGACGUGUGGGGAGUUUGCUGAGCACGUGUGGAAACCUGGCUCGUGUAAGAACUGCUUCCAUCCGCGCAGUGCCCACCACCGUCACAACAACACCACUGCCACUGGCACCACCACUGUUGUCGUGCCCGUCUUCUCUCGGAUGAGCGUGGGGGACAGUGAAGAUGGUGACGGCGUGACCUUUGCGUCACCGUGCGCCAAGCCCACCAUUGCGGUCAGGCCCACCAUGAUGAGCGCCGAGUGCGUGGAGGUGGAGGCCAACGGUGGCACCAACAGAGAGCAGAACUUUGACAGCAGCGGCACAAGAGACAGGCUGGAGAUGAAGAGGGUUCUGGAACUGGGCCCGCUGUACAUUGGCAACAACAUCUGCACCACGGCGCUCAAGGACACCGUAUGCCAGAGCGCCCUCCUGGGGAAGGCAGACUACUCCUCCAACAAACUCUCUCCUGGCACUCCAACCAAAGACUCAACAGGAGCUCUUAGUAACACUGGCGAAACUCGCAUAGACGCCAUUGGCCCUCAAACGCCAAUGGUAAAUGGGUUCAGCCCGACACGCAUGUCGCCAAUCAACGGCGUAGAGCAUACCACGUUAACGUCCAUUAAAAGUCCGCAACACCAGGGACCCGCCUCACCUCCUCUGGGUUCGGACCUGCGUCAGGCAAGCCUGUCAGACUCCUGUUCAUUGUGUAGCAGUCCCGACUCUGUCACUGGACCUUCAGAAUUUCAUCAGAAUGGCCUCCUAGAGUCUGCUAAUGUUUUUGCUCAAAACGGGCCGGCCAGUGCCGAACCCAUCUACGCAGAAAGUGCCAAGUGUAAGAGGCGAGCGCAGCAGGGAAAGAGGAAGGAACAGCAGCAGCGUCAACAACAGCUGUCAGAGCUUGAGUUGAAGUUGGAGGAAGAGGCCAAGGCUGUUGGUGAGAAUCAGCGGACCACAAUCACCGUCAUGGCGGCACACACCGAGAACAACAAUCGCACCUUCUACCUUAGCAGCCCGGACUCGGCCGUUUGCACCCAGUGGCCGCACUUUAGCCCCCCCGCGCUCCACGACACCCGCAGCCCCACCUUCAAGUGGCCCGCGCCCCUUGCACUCCUCACCGUGGAGACCCUCCACAACACCUCUGGUCCCCUGCAGCCCAAACCCCAGCGCAGCCCACCCUUGCCCCCCAAAAGGAACCCCUGUUCCCCCAGACUGGGCACCUCGAGUCUGUCACUCACCCACCUUCCCGAUCUGAACGGCGGCGUGUCUGCUGCGAUGUCCGCAACGGUCUUCAAAUCUCACCAUUCCAGCAGUUCGCCCGCGGGCCUGUUCACCAAUGGCAACGGCAUGGACAGGAGACAGAAGCUCUCCUGCAGCACUUUGACCUCCUCUGUGGGCAUCGAGGAAGAGGAGGAGGAGGAGGAGGAGGAGGAAGAGGAUAUGGCUGAACUCAGCAGAGAACAUCCUGCAAGCAAGGUUGCCACCAUCAUCACCAUCGCCACCACCACCACUACUACUACUGUUGCUGCUGCUGCAACGGCAACUGUCUGUAAUGAUCACAACAAGGACUAUAGCUCCAGUAUGCGGCCCGGCGACGAGAGGGGCGCCGCAGCAGACAAUGGUGCCAGUCAGGAGCAGGCAGCCAUACGAGGAGGCACACAACAGCAGCAGGGCACCAGCGGCGGCAUUGGCAGUCCCAGUGGCAGCAUGUUGGCAGCCAGGACGGCCGCAUCAGCAGCCGCAGCCUCAGCAUCCCGCAUCCAUCAUGGGCAACAUGACCCCGCUAAAGGGAAAGUGGCCAGCCGGGAAACCACCACCACCACCACCACCACCACGCCACCUCCACCUCCUCCCAAGAAACAGCACAGGCCAUGCCCCAAGAUGAACCGUAGCAGUUUGGAGCUGGAUCAGCGGAGCCAGAGGGGAUCUGUGGACAGUCUGGUCCAGUCUCCUGGAGGGAUGUCCAGCCUAGCCCAGUCUCCUGGAGGGAUGUCCAGCCUAGCCCAGUCUCCUGGAGGGAUGUCCAGCCUAGCCCAGUCUCCUGGAGGGAUGUCCAGCCUAGCCCAGUCUCCUGGAGGGAUGUCCAGUCUGGGUCACUCUCCUGGAAGGCUGGGUAGCCUUGGGCACUCUACUGGAGGGCUGGGCAGAAGCAGGAUCAACAGCUCCACCGACAGCCUGCAACCUGACACCUGUGGCUUGGAUGGGCCUUUCUCCACCACCCUAGUGAUCUCGGUCCCAAGCUCCCCCCGCGCGGACUCCACCCCUCCGUGCAUGAGCCCAGCUCCGGUGCCGUCCCAGCAACCCCAGCCCCCUCCCCUGCCGGAGAAGAAGCUCAUCAACCGCACGCUAUCGGCGCCCGGCGAGACCAGGAACAGGAUGGCCUCGCUAGGCCGACCGCACCUGCCAUUGUGCGGCUCCGAGCAGAACGUGUCCGCCAUUCGUCCCGACGUCGCCCCCUCCAGCUCCAGCUCCAGCUCCGUCGUCGACGUCACACCGCCCUUCCACUCGUCGUCCGACUGCCUGGACAGAGGUCCGCCGCCCCUGAACCGUUCGCUCGGCUCCCCCAUCAACAAAGAGACGAGGCUGGGCGUGGCAGGGCGCCUCAACACCCACAGGCGCGGCAGCGUGACCACGGCCUCCUCUCCUCAGCUGAGCUCCCCGGGCUCCUCCCCCGGCCCGGCCCCCACUCCCUCGGGCUCCACGCUGCACCUGCAGACCCUGCUGAGCAACAUGGACAGCCGCGAGUGCAUCUACUCUAAGCUGGGCGGCCUCUAUGCCGAGUCGCUGCGCCGGCUGGCCAUCAAGUGUGAGGAGCACUUCACGCGGAGCCAGAGGAGUAGCCUGCGCUUCGACGAGAGCAACUGGUCGCUCUUCAAGCUGACCUGCAACAAGCCCAGCUGCCAGGCGGGAGACGCCAUCUACUACUCGGCCUCCUGUGCCACCGACGCCAGCAGCCCUUACGCCGUCAAGAUCUGCAGAGGCACUUCCGCGGACCUGAAGCAGGGCGACUUCUACGGCCUCACCGUCCAGCAGAGUCUGCCCGGCCACUUCAACGUGCAGCAGGACUGCGGCCAUUUCAUCGCCUGCGUACCCCAGAGCAUGCUGCCAUCCGAGGAGCCAACUCCUCCAGCAUCGAGUCCAGCCCCCACCACCACCACCACCACCGCCACUACAACGUCCUCCCUUAGUGGGAAGAGCGAGCAGGAGCAUGUGGUGGUCAUCACCAACGAGGUGCCAUACCAGACCGCCUCGGACUUUGUGCGCGACUGGUCGCCCUUCCACAAAGCCCAGCCCGAGGUGUACGAGCGUCGCAUAUGCUUCCUGCUGCUACAGCUCUGCAACGGCCUUGAGCACCUCAAGGCUAACGGAGUCACGCACCGCGACCUGUGCUUGGAGAACCUCCUGCUGGUCUCGCACGGGCAGGCUGCCGGCGGCAACACCCCGGACGCCCAGUCCCAGCAGCUCCCGCGGCUGGUCAUCAGCAACUUCACCAAGGCCAAGCAGCGCGCCGCCGAGGGCCCCGCCGCCAAGACGGACCCGCGGCUCAAGCGCGACCACGCCCGCCUGGCGCCGGAGAUCGUCUCGGCGGCCCAGUACCGCAAGUUCGACGAGUUCCAGGUGGGCAUCCUGAUCUACGAGCUGCUGCACCAGCCCAACCCGUUCGAGGUGAGCCCGGCACUGCGGGAGCAGGAGUACCGCUGCCAGGACCUGCCGCCCAUCCCCGCCGUCUCACUCUACUCGGCCGGCCUGCAGCGCCUCGCCUGCCUCCUGCUCCAGUCCGACCCCAUCAAGCGCAUACACAUCCAGGACGCCAAGCGGGUGUUGCAGAGCCUGCUGUGGGGCCCUCGCAGGGACAUGAUGGAGCAGUACUGCACCAAGGGUGGUGGUGGUGGUGGUGGUGGCGGCGGCGGCGGCGGUGGUAGUAGUAGCAGCAGCAUUCGGAACAUGUAUGAGAGCCAGGGCGAAGGGCUGCUGAACUGGCUGGAUGUGAAGCGAGCUCUGCUCAUGAUGAAGUUUGCCGAGCGCUCGCUGGAGCCGGAGAGGAACGCGGAGCUGGAGGACUGGCUGUGCUGUCAGUACUUCUCCACCGCGCACCCACUCUCGCUCUGCCACACGGCCGAACUGCUGUACUCCUUCAAAGCACCCCACUAAAACGUACUAUUUUUGGUCUUAAAACUGUGUCAAGGUAUACACUGUAAUGUAUGUACACACACACGCUGUAUAUAAUAUACACUGUACGGUACUGUACUGUGUUGUGCUGGCUAAGACCGUGAAUAAGGGAAUGUCACACCGCUGUUAUAGUAUAUUCAAGUUAAAGUACUACACUGACGAAUACAUGUACUCAUUUAAAGUACUACACUGAAUUGUACACGUUUAAAGUACCACGCUGAAAUUAAUAUGUACCCCAAGAGUGUUUUAAAACAUUUCAAGUUAUGUGCCAGAGGAGUCAGUAAACUAGGGAAUGUUUUUGAUGAUCCAUCGCAGAUUUGCUGUCCACACUGUUGAAGUGUGUAUGCUUAUGUUUCUGUUCCACACUGUGAGUGCAAAUGUGGUCAUUUGAUUUAUGUUAUUUGCAUAUUUUUUGUUAUCAGAUAAAUACUGUAGACAGCUGUCAUGCAGAGCAUGAUUCUA